AUUAUCUUCUUAGUCUAUAGUUUAGUACAUAGCAAUAGACAUAUGUUUCAGACUCAUCAGUUGACAUAUACAAAUGUUGAGCAUAGAUCUGUAGCAGAUUCAGAUAAUUCACAUGUAGGAAUUCUUGUAGUGAAGCCAUUGCACAUCUUUAACGUUCUUUCGAUGUUGGUUAAAUAGGAUUUUUUAUAGAUUUUUACGGCAUGUAUUGCUCAGAAACCUGACGAGGUUAGGUGGGUGACCGUAUUUUAUACUAUAGGUAUCUAACAGCACUGUCUUUCAUAUGUUCGUGUCAUAUUCCCGUCAGAAUUUCCAAACGCUAUCGCAAACGUUAUGGCAAUUGCUCAAACGUUUCGUGGCCAACAUAUUUUUAAGUCUACCGGCUCCUAAAAACCUCGCUUUUUAUAAUCUUAUUGUGGCCUCUUAACUACCUAAAAUUACUUUACUGGCGGCUUUUUGCAUUGAAGAUGAUGGUUGCAUGACAUUUGAAAACUUUCAGAACAAAACAAUUGCCAAUAAAGAUAUCUCAUGUCAUAGGGUGCACUACCUAUAUUCUCCAAAGCUUUCUGCAAUUUUUAGCUUUUGAUUUAUCAUCCUACAAAUAUAAUGGAUGUUCUAAUUAAACUAUAUUAAAGCUUCAGAUAAUCGAACUUGAAACACAGAUUUUACUCAUCUAAUGAGUAGUGAAGUCCCCAAUUACUUCUUAAAAUUUACUCUAACUGGUCAUACAAAAGCAGUCUCAUCAGUAAAAUUCAGUGAAAAUGGUCAGUGGUUAGCAAGUUCAUCAGCUGAUAAACUAAUCAAAGUAUGGAAUGCCUAUGACGGGAAAUUUGAAAAAUCUAUCAGCGGCCAUAAACUGGGAAUCUCAGAUGUUUCAUGGUCUUAUGACUCAAGAUUUCUGUGUAGUUCCUCCGAUGACAAAACUUUGAAACUGUGGGAUCUCGUCUCUGGAAAGUGCCUAAAAACUCUUAAAGGUCACAGCAAUUAUGUUUUUUGCUGCAAUUUUAAUCCACAGUCAAACCUCAUCGUUUCUGGCUCGUUUGAUGAAAGUGUCAAGUUAUGGGAUGUGAAAACAGGCCGGUGUAUCCGCACGCUUCCUGCCCACUCUGAUCCUGUUACAGCUGUUAAUUUUAAUCGUGAUGGUUCACUUAUUGCUUCCAGCAGUUAUGAUGGACUAUGUCGAAUCUGGGAUACCGGUUCUGGUCAGUGCUUAAAAACAUUGAUAGAUGAUGAUAACCCUCCUGUUUCAUUUGUUAAAUUCUCGCCUAAUGGAAAAUACAUUCUAGCUGCUACACUUGAUAGUUGUCUCAAAUUAUGGGAUUACACUAAAGGUAGAUGCUUGAAAAUUUAUGGAGGGCACAAAAAUGAGAAGUAUUGUAUAUUUGCAAAUUUUUCAGUUACCGGAGGCAAAUGGAUUGUCUCGGGGUCUGAAGACAACUGUAUUUAUUUGUGGAAUUUGCAAACAAAGGAAAUUGUACAAAAACUUUCUGGUCAUAAUGAUGUUGUUUUGUGUACCGCUUGUCAUCCUCAAAUGAACAUGAUUGCUUCAGGAUCGUUAGAGGGCGAUAAAACAAUUAAAAUUUGGACUAGUGAUAAGUGAUUGCUUCUGAUUUAUUAUAUUUCUGGAUCCUUGUAUACUUUUUUUUUCUCCAAUGCUCUUUGCUUGUAUAUGUUUGUAUCAUCUGUUUUUCAAAUCACAGGUUAUUCAUAUGAUCUACAAGUUUAUCGAUUCAUCCUACCUAAAUUAUUCACUAUUGACAUGUUUUGUUGCAAAAAGGAACAAUCUAUCUUCUAUUGUAAAUUGUUCGACUAAGAUUGUUCGUUUGAGUGUUUCUUUAUCGAUCCUUGUGAAAUGAACUUCUUACGAAUCCGCGCCUUAGUAGUAAAAUGCAGACACGGUUAAUAAUCAAUGAAUGGUACGUUGAUGUAGUCAAUUAAAUAACUGCUCACGUUUACAAUCCUAACUGAUCAAUCUACUAGGAAGGAAAGUAAACGAUAAUUGAUGUAAAAUAUACUUUUUGAUCCUUGCGUGCAUGAAAGAAUGAAGUGGCUGUCUGAUAAAUCUCUUAAACCAAAAUAUUGUGGUGACCUUUUAAUCACUGAACAUAUUCCAGAAACCUGUGUGACAUAAGUAGAUUGUAUAAUCCGAAAUAAUGGAUUUUUCAGAGGACUAGGGCAAUUGGAAAUCUGGACUAAAAAACGACGAACUACACCAUUUUUGUUGAGUGAACGGACAAACGGAGAAUAUUGCAAUUCUUUCUUCGUCGUUAGGAUGUAACAGCCUGGUUGUGGGAUUAUCGUUAUUGGCGUG